AUGGUCACGAGCUACCUCAACAGGCGCAAUGUCAUUGAUGUUCAAGGCCUCAUUCAGCGGAGCAAAGGAUCGCGAGCCAAGAUCGUCCAUUACGGUCUCCUUCACGUUGGAGCUCUGCCGCAUCUGGCAUCCAGACUCGAGGCGUCCGGACAUGCCAGCAUCGAAAGCAGUCCGAUCUUGCAAAGGCUUUUCAGGGAACAGGCCGAGGCCGUUGCAGCAUUGGACGAGGCCAUCGCAGCAGAUCUCGAGUCCGACGUGUGCGACAGACUUCAGAGCGACCUCAACAUCCGCACCAGCCGCGUGCACGAGACAAGACGACUGCUUCGCCUCCGACGCAUUACCGAGCUCGCAAACGAGCGGGAGGACGACAUCGCGGUUCGAGCGCUGAUGGGCGAAGGUCCCAUUGCAUCAGCUUGA